ACCAGUAAAAGCUUGGUAUAACCAGUAUACUUUCUCUCCCUCCCUCGCCGCUGCUACAUAGUCGAAAAUCGACUUGAUUCACGACUCAGUUGAGAAGGGCGACUUGAGGGAGUUGAAAGCUCUCAUUGACAAGAGGAAGUUUGCCAGCUCUAAGGACACUCAGGGUGUAGGUCUGCUACACAAGGCGGUACUCAACGCUAACCAGGAGAUAGUUGACUUCCUCACCACAGAGUACCCGGAGACUCUCACCCUUCCUGACAAUGAAGGACGUUUACCACUGCACUACUGCGCCGCUAGUAGACAACCAGACGAGAUGUAUAACAACUUAUGUGAGGUCAUGGAAAAUACUCAGGUUGUGGACAAGAAGGGUAAGACAGCAGCUGACUACAUGGCACACCUGAAGACAUUAUGCAGUUACGUCGACGCUCGCCCAGCCAGAAGGGCAGCGGAGGGUCGAAGAGUAAGCGUAGUACCCCUACUAAGAGGUCCUCUCCUGCACUCAAGCUCAGGACCCCACCCAAGAGGGAAGGGAUGAAUAUCACUGGUGCGAACAUCCGCAUCUGGAUUCAUGACCAGGACCUGCCACACCUGGAGCAGAUUGUGUGGGAGGGUGAAGGCAACAGACUCCUUCAGGAGACCAGUAACCACGCUAAAGUCAGGCAGUUUCUCAACCUCGUGCCCAGAAUGAUGACCAAGAUCAAGGAGGUACAUCAAGCCGCCCUCAACGGUGACAUGGAGACUCUUGACGCUAAGGUUGAGCAACCGGAAAUUCUUACUGCCAAGGACCAGAACGGACUCAACCCUCUACAUAAGGCUGCAGCUCUGGGUAACAUGGAGGUGGUGGAGUGGAUAGUGGAGAAGAGUCCUACGACAGUUUCAGCGCAGGAUAGGAAAGGAAGGACUCCACUCUUCUAUGGUGCCGUGGCCAAGGAUGGAGGAGAUGUUUACGCCUUCCUUCUGAAGAGUGGUUCUGAUCCUACACAUACUGAUAAGUAUGGCAAGACGGCAGAACACUACCGCUACAAGCCUGGGGAACUGGACCUGAGCAUCAUCUACGAGUCCCUCGCCGCCCCCAGGGCCGGGGGAUCCACCCUUGACAUUCCUUCGGGUCACUCAAGGGGGCCCUCAAAUCCCACCUCCAGAGCCCCAUCCAGGAACGCCAGAUCACGUAAAAACUCCGUGGGUGAUGACUCCAGAAGAGGGAGGAAGGAUUCCACGCCGGCCAGGUUAAGGGAGAAGGGUAACAAGAUGGUGUACAAAGACCUGAAGGACGUUAUGGACUCUGAAAUCGAGCACUUCAUCCGUGAUGGUGACCUGGAGAGCCUGGAGUACCUAGUGCUGGCACACCGCGGCUCAGACCUGCUAGGAAGGCCCUCCUGGAAUGAGGAGGUUCGCAGGUUCAUCAAGAAGGUCCCUAACUACAUGGAUAAGACCAGCGCCUUACACGAGGCGGCUGCCAAAGGUGACGCCAAGGUAGCCAAGCACCUGCUCAAGGAGAACGACCACCUAGCCAUGGCUAGAGGGAAGGAUGGCUCUGUGCCUCUGCAUCAAGCCGCAGGGGCUGGCAGUACUCAACUCGUCAGACAUUUGAUCAAUCUCUAUCCUGACGGAAUGCACGUCGAGGAUAAUAAUGGGAGGACGCCACUACACUACGCUGCCCUCUCCAAGGAGCUUGGCGCGAGGCAGACUUACGACCUACUCAAGAGGGAAGGUGCCAGUGACGGCAUUCAGGAUCUGAAUGGUUUCUCCCCGGCUGAGUACAUGACCAAAAAGCAAAAGGGCCAACUUAAAGGCACCACAAAUAAACAUACCAAGAAUCAUGGCAAAGGACCGUCCAAGAAAACCUCAAAGAAUCUGACCAGUGGACCUUCCUUGGACUCAGCCAAGAGUCCAUCCAAGGAGCAAUCAAGAGCCCCAUCCAAGGAACAAUCAAGAGCACCAUCUAGGGAGCAUUCAAGAGCCCCAUCCAGGGAGCAAUCUAAACCCCCAUCGAGGGAGCCCUCUAGAAAUAGCUUCCACCAGCCCUCUAUGUCUCAAGCUCCAUCUAGGGCCGGGUCUAGGGCCGGGUCUAGGGCCGGGUCUAGAGCCGGGUCUAGGGCCGGGUCUAGGGCCCCUAGUCCUGAGGGUGACGAGGAAGAUGAAGCACAUGCAGCCAUCAAAGCGGCAGAGAAGCAUCAAGACUACGGUCACCUUAACCACCUGAUCACUCGUGGUGACGGGGACAUGCUUGUAGGACGCUCCUCCAAAGAUCCUGACGUCCAAGACUUUUUGGACAGCGUCCCAGACCAUCUGGAUUCCAUCAAUGAAUUACACACAGCGGCAGAAGAGGGAGACACGAGGACAGUCAAGAGUCACCUGGAUAGUAAACACAAAGCUCUCUCCAGAGACACUAACAAUGCUAAUAUCCUCCACAAGGCUGCCAUCAACGGACACGCAGAUCUGGCUGAAUAUCUGAGUGAGAAACACCCUGAGCUGAUGGACCAACGGGACAUCUCCGGGAGGACGCCAUUACACUACGCUGCCACACUCAAGGAUGAGUCCCACACCUACCACACACUCCUCAACGCUGGUGCUGAUCAUCAGAUCAAAGAUAAGUCUGGCUACACACCAGAUGACUACUACCGUAACCCACACCUACUGAACGAGGAUGACACAGAAGGCGCAGGCUCCCCUGGUGGUACACCAGGGGACAGUCGUGGUCGUCCCAACACCAAGGGCAGCGAGGCAGGCUUCAGUGUCUACGGCGGGGAAGAGGACGGCGGGGAGACAGUCGACCAGGAGACACUGGAGAAAAUCGAACAGGAAUACAAGAAGCUGAAAGCUAUGCAGAGCCACUCGAUGCUGAAGAAGUAUCUCACUCCUGACGUCUUCGAGAAACUCAAACGUCGUGUUACCCCUAACGGAGCCAAUCUCUUGGACGUCAUAAAGUCCGGACUGGCUAAUCCAGACUCUAACAUAGGGAUCUAUGCUCCUGACGCAGAGUCCUAUACCAUAUUUAGUGACCUAUUCGACCCAGUGAUUGACGAGUACCAUGGCGGGUUUGGUCCAAGUGACAUGCACCCUGGAAUUGACUUCGGCUUUUCAAAUUCCCUGGGCAGCCUCGUUGACGAGGGCAAAUACGUGGUGUCGACGCGGGUGCGGUGUGCCCGCUCACUGGAGGGAUACCCAUUCAACCCACUCCUGACCAACGAGCAGUACACUGAGCUGGAGCAGGACAUAGAGAGGGCCCUGGAUAACUUGGACGGGGACCUUGCAGGCUACUACAGGCCGAUAAGCAAGCUGUCUCCGCAAGAGCAAGAGGAGCUGCUGGAAGCUCACCUGCUCUUCAAGCAAGGUGACCGGUUCCUGGAAGCUGCUGGAGCCUGCCGCUUCUGGGCGAACGGCCGUGGCAUUUUCCUUAACUCUGACAAUACGCUGGUGGUGUGGGUUAACGAGGAAGACCACAUGCGCAUCAUUUCCAUGCAGGAAGGCGCAGACCUCGGCCAGGUGUAUGACCGCUUCGUCCGUGCUGUCACAACCCUCGGAGACCGCCUUCCCUUCAGCUUCUCCCAGCGUCUUGGGUUCCUCAACUUCUGCCCCACCAACUUAGGUUCAGCGAUCCGAGCUUCAGUCCACAUUCGUCUGCCUCGCUUGGGUCGCGACACUCAUCGUUUGGAAUCCACGGCCAACAAAUACAACCUGCAGGUUCGUGGCACCUCAGGAGAACAUUCGGAAACUAAGGACUUCACCUUCGACAUUUCAAAUCGGCGGCGUCUCGGAUUGACGGAGAUUGAGGCUCUGCAGGAGAUGUUCGAUGGUGUUCAGGAGAUUAUUCGCCUGGAGGCAUCAUUGGAGAGCUCCAGUCGCCGUGGGUCUGUGAGCUGAACCUGACACCCGUUGGUUAAGCUUCACACUCUUACCGGAUCCAAACAUUUUUACCCAAGCAAACACUACCCUUCAUUCCAGGUGUUGGUAGCUAACAGUGUUCUUUCUACAUAAUGUUCAGUUAUGGUUAAACCACCACCACCCUUACCCGAUGUGUUGUGGCUUCACCAGCUGUCAGACAGUUGGUGUGCAACAUGCUUGCCUCUAUUUCCAAACCAGAGCCUGUUGCAGGCAAGCAAUUUUACGAUUUUAAACCAAAACUCUUAUUCACCAGGCUAGGGAUCUGAUAAACAGAAAAUGUAAUAUACAUCUAUAUUACUGAAUAAAUCCAACUUGUGCAAGAAUAUUAACCUAUAUAAAAAAGUCAAUUAUAAAUUUACGUCCCAUAUGCCAAAUGUAAGUUAACCGACAGAUUAAUGUUAUGAAAUAUACAUUAUACAAAAAUCUUAAGACUAACAAGUAUACUCUCACAAACAUACGACACACAGUCGUGUGUGUGGCGGUUACAAUUUAAGUCAAAGGAUAAAAAUGCAGUGUAUAGGGACCAACAAGACAAUCAAACUCCAAAUCAGACAAAACUGGACAAACACUAAGUCCAUUCACUACUAAGUAUGAGUGUGAAGCUAUGUUAAUGGAGACAGAGCAGCCACUCGCAUCCUCCCUGGUUGGAGACAAAAUGCCAUCCUAACUUCCAAGUGAUUGUUGAAGAUGGAAGGCUGCUACGCUAUGUACACAGAGUAAGGUACAGCAACACCUUCAUUAGCUCACAGAAUAUCAAGCCUGUCAUAAAACAUAAAAAUGGUAAAUAAUAGAGAGACCAGUGUUACGUAUUAUUACAAAAAACGAGAGUACAGUAAUAGACUAAAAACAAAACUUUUCCUUUGCAUUAUCAAGGCUUUUUCUGCUGUAGUGUAUGAGUAUGCCUUGUUACAAUACACACUAAUAAAAUGUACAGAUGUAUAUUACAGUUGGGAACAUCGAUUACCUUAAUAGGCACACUUGUCAGCCCGAGUAGCUUAACUAGGCUCCAUCAGAGACUAACGUAUCUCAAAAAUUUUUGAUGUAGUACUACUACUAAAACUAGGGCCUUUGAAACUUAUAAAAACAAAUUAUGAUGACCAAAAUCUAGCUAAUUUUCCCUGUAUUUAAAACAGGUUGAAGAGAAGCAGAUAUUAAAUUUAACAUAUCAAUUUUUCAAUGUUAUUCAAUGUCCCUUAUAGUCCAGAAGUAUUUUUCAUAUUAUUGAUGACUGUGUGUGUGUGUGUAUGUGUGUGUGUGUAUAUAUAUAUAUAUAUAUAUAUAUAUAUAUAUAUAUAUAUAUAUGUCGUGCCGAAUAUGUAAAACUGGUCAAUUAGCAAGAACUCAUUUAAAAUUAAGUCCUUUCUAAAAUUUUCUCUUAUACGUUUAAAGAUAUUUUUUUUCAUUAAUGUUGAUGUAAAAAUUUAUAAUUUUGCACCAAAAGGAACUUAGAAAACUUACCUAACCUUAUUAUAACAAGAACAAUUUAUUUUAGCCUAACCCAACUAAAUAUAUUUUAGAUUUCUUUACAAUAAUUUAACAGUAAACAAACACAGUGAAAUAUAUUUUUUUCGUUAGGUUCAGAAUGAUUUUGGCGAAAUUAUUGCAUACACAAAUUUUCACUUGUCCUAUAUGGCAAGAUGAGCGUUGCUAUUUAAGCCAAGAUCGCAAGUUCUGCCUAUUCGGCACA